GGCUGAGGCCUUGAACGGGGAGGGUGUACGUCACGCUGCUCCCAGACGCCUUCGCUAUGGCUUCUGAAGACGCUGUGCCGCAUUGGGAGGAAUUCUAUUUAGGUUCCCGGCGGUUCCAAUUCGUCGCUGAUGGACUCGGAAUGCCUAUUGACCAGGUCAACUUUAUCCUGGGCCAGGUGGCGGGGCUGGUGCUGGCGUGGGUGAUGAGAGUAUACAUCCACCCAUCCCGUGUCUCCACCACCACAAGGCACUGGGGGUCCUUCCUGGCUGGCCUUGGGAUAUCCUACUUUUGUUUUGGAAGGCAGGUGUUGUUGGCGGUGGCGCUGGUGCUGGGCUGUUACCUCCUGAUGCUGUUACUGCCGGUGACACUGCUGCACCAUGUCACGCUGGCCGCCUCUCUCACCUUCCUCUCUGCCAUGCACAUACAGAGGCAGUUUUACGAGGAUGGCAUGUUUGUUAUUGAUGUCACAGGCCCUCUGAUGAUCAUGGUACAGAAGGCCACGUCCCUCGCCUACAGCCUGCACGAUGGUCUCUCUGGCCUCAAGGAUCAUGACCUCACACCGCUGCAGAGGGAGAUGGUCCUUAGAAAGAAACCAUCAGCCAUUGAGUACUUCAGUUACAUGCUAAACUUCCACUCCAUCCUGGCGGGGCCCUUCUUCAUGUUUGCCGACUACCAGGACUUCAUCGAGGGCACCAACUACGCCAAGAGAGCCAUGAAUGUUGCCUCUGCUAAGAGCUCACUGGACAGUAACCGCAACAAGAGUGUGGAGGAGGAGGUGGUGGUGGGGAAGGACGGCCAUGUGGAGGGUGCUGGAGUGGCCCCUCACUGUCCCUCCAUGCCUGAGAAUGAGCCGGACCCCACUCGUGUGUCCCUCUACAAGGCUGGUCUGGCUGCCGGCAGUGCUUUUGUCACUGUUGUUGUGUUGCCAAGGUUCCCCAUUAGUUAUGUCACAGAGCCAGCGUUUUUCCAGCACUCCUACUUCUACAAAAUGUUCUUCCUUCUGGCGGUGACAUCCUUGACUCGCCACGUUUACUACACCGCCUGGCUUCUCGGCGACAGUAUCUGCAACAUGUCUGGUAUUGGGUACAACGGGAAGGGGCCAGAUGGAGCACACCGCUGGGAUAUGAUGUCUAAUGUGGAUGUGGUGGGUGUGGAGAGUGCCUUGAGCCUGCGCGACACCCUGGAAGCCUGGAACAGCGGAACUAUGAAGUGGCUGCGUUUUAUGGUGUACGAGCGAGCCACGGUGCAGAAGACUCUAUUUACCUACAUGCUGUCCUCUAUGUGGCAUGGCUUCUAUCCUGGUUACUACAUCACCUUUGUCAGUGGCGCGUAUUUCACCAUCGCUGCCAGAUAUGUGAGGAGAUCAGUGCGGCCAAGGGUGAUGGCAGCGGGGCCCAGGGCAAAGAUAGCUUAUGACGUACUUACUUGUGUCAUCACUCGCCUCUGCCUCGCCUUCUUCACCUUCCCCUUCAUCCUCCUUAGAUUCUGGGGGAGCAUUGCAGUGUACAGAGACUUUUACUUCUUGCCGCACAUUCUGGGAGUCCUGGUGAUUGUGAUCCUUCCCAAAGUGCUCCCUCCACCAGCGAGGCGUAAGGAGCCAGCCACAGACGCUCCACUGGAAAAGAAAGCACAAUGAGAGAAGCAGGAGAGAACAGAGAGAGAGAGAGAGAAUAAGAGGAGAGAGAGAUCUUUGCUACGUACAUGUAAAGAGACACUCCUAAUCCCGUGUAUGCAGAAUUUAACCCCAUUUCUUGCCAUUCGUUAGUAUUUUGUAUCUUUGUAUCGUCAGUGUUGCUGUGAUUCUUCCCUCGUCACUCGUCUCGACCAAGGACAGAGUUGUGUAUUUUUUCAUAUUUUUUUUGUUCCCCCACAGGCAUUUGUGUGUGAGUGUCUACCAGCAUUACUUUUCUAUUGUACCUCCUCUAGUCCUCUUUGUUCAUUUGGCCACUGUCAGUUACCUAAUGCGUAUGAGAGAGAAAGAGAGAGAGUAUGUUUGUGUGCUAUCAUCAAUAUCAAAUGCCCUGACUGGUUAGUUGUGGGGAGUUUUCUUUCCUUAUUUCCGCAUCAGUGACGUGUAAUAAUGUAUAAUCCUGCAACCCAAGGCAUUCACACCUCAGGAUUCCAUUUCCUUUUAUCACCCUUCUGUGACACCCUCUUCUCUUCUACACCAUUCUUCCAAGUCAGGGAUAGAGGAACAACCAAACAGUGCCAAUCAUGUGUGUGUGUGUGUGUAUGUGUGUGUCUUGGAAGCACAAUCUUAACCAAACUACUUCAGGUAAUCUAAUGUUCACAGUGCUUGGUGGGAAGUAAGGCUUCGAGCACCUCCAGGCAAACAGACAAACAGUGUAGUGAUUCUCUACUCUUAGUUCUUGCCAGUCCAGAACACGCCAACACACAUUACUGCAAGCUUUCCCCAGGACGUGUUUUUUGUCAGUGUAGCUGCUGUGACGUGGCUGUCUUGUCUCAAAUUUAGUAGUGUUCAUCCAAAGCCUUAAUGUGAUAGCUGGUGGAGAGAGAGAGAGAGAGAGAGAUGUAUGUAUGUCUAGAGAAAGGAAGUGGAGUUAGUAAUGGUAGCAGUAUCAGGUGUUGUUACUGCUACUGGAGAAAGAGAGAGAGAGUGAGUGAGUUUAGUGUGUGUGUGUGUGUGUGUGUGAGUGUAGGGGAAGUAAGUGGAUUUAGCAAUGGUGGUAGUAUCAAGUGUUGCUGCUUGUUCGAGUAAAGAGUUAAGGAUUUAUUCUCAUUGAACCACCUUGAGGGAUUCUCUGCCAAUGCUCAACAGUUCUAAUAUUGGAAUGUCUACAAGUGUCACAUCUCCGUCCUUUUUGUUUCAUGUGGUUUUCUCUUGUAUUUGUAAAAGGUUCAAAUGGAUCUCUAUUGAUUUAUGGAGAAACGUUUUUGUAGUCAGCUUUACGUUUCAUCAUUUGAAGUGUGCGGCAUCAAUGUUUGUUUUGUUGUUCAUUUGUUCUCCAUACACUAAGUUUUGAUCUUGUAAUGUGGUGGCCAGGAUUGUACUGCAUAUUCCAGGUGUGUCCUCAACAAUGACUCCUGUAUGCUUGUGUUACCUCUGCCAAUUUGCAACCAAAAUUUCUCCAUCUGGACAUAUUUACUCAUUGUGUCAUUGUGGACUGAUUUCUCUUUUCUUAUCUCCACAAAUUAUUACCCCACCAAGCUGCUUCUCUGAGGGUGAUCUGUGGUACUGCUAAGCACAGAGACCUUAGUGUGUCCAGUCCUUCAUUGUAUCAGCCUGCAGUCAGCCAGUCAGUCAAUUACCUUUUCAUUAUAUCAUUUUACAGCAUAUUUGUGUAUAUCUCAGAAUACAUCCACCUUUAACCUCUUCACUAUUACCUGACUCCUUAAUUACCAACCACUCUAAGACUUGUUUUCUCGUUCUACAGCCACUUUUUUAUCCCUUUCUUUCUUGUAAAGAUUCUAUGUAUUAUUUUUGGUGCAGUGAACUAUUGCAUGCUGCAGUGAAGGGUUAAGAACAUCAAACAAGAUGAAUCAUUGAAGUACAGUAACAUACAAUUUGUCCAGAGAAUUUUACACAAGAACAGGACAAAGGCCUGUAUUCCGAAACACUUUGCUCUCUCACCAUCACUGUUUUCAAAAGGCUCUAGUUGAAGAUCCUCGUAUUUUCAAGAGUAUUUUUAUGAUUAUGGUGAUGGAUUGGCAAGAUUCAUCUCUGUGGGCUAACAAAAUUGUCGUGGUGAGAGAGCAAGACAUUUCUGAAUAUGGGUGAAAGUGAAAUGCUGCACCUUUAGUCAAUCUUAGCUACCUGAAGGGAACAAAAGACUUCUCAAUGUGAUAAAAUUUGAUACAUGUGGGGGGCUUCAAAAUGUUGCCAGAGUGUCCAGCAACAAGACCAACUCCCCCCUGAGGUUGUGAUGUGAGCCGGCAGUGUAAGCAAGAUUGGCUGCACUGAGGCUGGGAGGUUGUGAGAGGGUCCCUGGUGGUGAUGUGGCCAGUGGUACCAGUGCUGUGUGUUCGUGUCAGAAACGUAAGCUUGAGAAAAUUUGCAAUCAUGAUAUUAAUGUGAUAAAAAGUGUAUUGAAGUAGUCGUGUAGAUGGUGAGGGUUCUUUGUGUGUGUGUGUGUGUGUGUUGCAUAAAAACGCUUACCAGAAUCAACGAAGUAAAACGGUACAAACUUCAAUUAUUUGGUGUUGCCGACGUCAUUUUUGUCCUUUCCAUUUUACGUUACAUCCUCUGUUUACCCUCACUCAUGUUUGUGUGUGUGUGUGUGUUAUAUUUGAAGUUGGGGAACAUUGUAGAAUAAUUUGGUGUGACAUUCUUUUAAUCGCUAGUUUUGUGAUAGUUCUGACCAUGACACAGAAGGAAAAGUAGUAAUGAAUAAUCUCAUAGUAAAGAUAUAUACAUUUCUAACCAGUGUGUUCACCUCUAAUUGUACGUUUCAUGAAGUUCUGUUAGUUACUGGUUCAGGUGUAAGAGUUCAGGACUCCAUGUAUUGUAUUAGAGAAUUUUGUAAUAGUAUAAACAUGAGAGGUAAUGAGUGAGGUGAUGCUUUGCCUUCAUUUACAAGUCCUGGGAGCUUUGGUGUUGUUUUGGUGAUGUUUUGGCAUUGCUUUUUACUACCAAGGAAGAAUUAUGCAUUAUUUUUAUUUAUGCACUGAAAUAUAUCUUUAUCUUUAUUGUCGUCUUUAUAUGCUUGUCUAAUUGAGGUGUUUUGGUGUUGCUUUUACUACCGAGGAAGACUUGUGCAUUAUUUUUCUUUAUGCACUCUGAAAUGUAUCUUUAUUCUCAUCGUAUUUUAUCUUUAUGUACUCUGAAAUGUAUCUUCAUCUUUAUUCUCAUCCCUAUAUGCUUGUCCAGUUGAGGUGUUUUGGUGUUGCUUUCGCUACCGAGGAAAACUUGUGUUAUUUUUCUGUAUGCACUCUGAAAUGUAUGUUUAAUCUUUGUUCUCGUUCUUAUUUUUCUUUAUCUUUAUUCUCAUCCAUAUAUGCUUGUCUGGUUGAGGUGUUUUGGUGUUGCUUUCGCUACCGAGGAAAACGUGUUAUUUUUCUUUAUACACCAUGAAAUAUAUAUGUUUUAUUUAGGUUCUUGUUCUUAUGUCUCCGUCAAGCCCGGUGGUGGGAUGCUGUGCUUGUCUGGUUUAGGUGAACAGCCUCUUGCAGCUUCCUUAAAUUUCUCAUGUUCUUAAGCCAUGCACACCUCCCUCACCAAUUAUAUUCAAUCACAAUGGCCAAGGUGAUGGUGUGACAUGUUUCCUGUGUUCACUUAUGGGAGGAGUUUGUGACAGCAAGCAGUGGAGUGACUGGUCAGUGCCUUCCGGGGUGUAGGACAGUGGUAUCAGUAGUAUCAAGGUUCCUGGAGUGUGCUGUGUGUUUGUGCUUAGGGUGAUUUUCUCCUCCUAUGUCACUCUAGUGUUAGAAAUGCGUAUCUUUUUUUGCUUCCUUUUUUUCUUUUUUCCAUCUUCAAAAUGUUGUGAUUGUUGGAAUUUUACUCCCUCCUGUUUUCAUUUUUCAGUUUACUUGUGUUCAAAAUGUGGUCAGUAUUUUGUUGUUUUUUUCAUCUCUGCCCUCUUUAGGCUUUUUUAAGUUGAAACCCUACUUUUACCAAAACAAGUCAUUCAAAUGUCUUUUCAAUCACUUUUCUUAAUUUAUUUUGUCCACACAAAAAUUCUUAUUUCUCACCACACCCCCGACACAGCUUUUCAAAAUUUAUGGCAUUGGUAUCUAAGCUUAUGUGGUUUUGUUCAUGUCUAUGUUGUUCUCUUCACUAUUCCAUCUUUGGUAGUCCCAGAGCAGGCCGCCACAUGAGGACUGCAAGGUGUGAACUCUGGCGUGAUUUGUGUGGUUUGUCUAUCCCAAGUUAAAAUCUUUCCCAAUUGAAUUCUCUUAUAAAGCUUGUACAAAAGUCUCAGUUCUCAUUGAUUGGUGUCACUGUGGGUGUGUUAAAGUGUGUACAAGUCUCACUGAACUUUUGUCAACCUGUCUGGUGUGUUUCUCCCUUCCCUCCCCUCCCUCUCCCCACCACCAUCCCAGCAGCAGCAGCAGCAGCAGGUUAAGCCACAUUGCUCAAAUUUACAUGUCUAGAGCAGGGAGCAAUAGUUUUCCCCACACUCUGACAUGCCUCUUGUUUCUCCAGCUCUGUUUGAUCCAGUUUUGUAGUGAUAGCAUUUAGACAAUACAGUGUUACAUAUUUAAUCUCUUGAAUUUUGCUCCUUUGUGUCCAGGUUUGCAGUGUGUACAUGUCAGGAGGUGUUGGAGGUGCAGUGCAGAUUUGCCCACCUGCAGCUUCCUCCACCGCUGUGUUUGUGUUCUCUCCCCACCAGUCAGGGCGUGAGGUGUUGCACUGCCCGGUGUGUUUAGGAGAGGUGUCUUGUCACCCAUCCCAUGUGUUUGGUGUGGGAAGAACACACAAUGGCACAGUGAUUGCAUGAGGAUAUUAUACUUUUUGAAGUGUGUGUGUGUGUGUUUUUGAUGCCUGAAUUGUCCUCAGCUCUUUAUAUUUUCUUGGAGUUGUGGUGGUAACAAUGUGGUGUUUGUAUGCACACAUGUAUGUACACAUGCUGUGCGUGUGUGUGGAUUCACAAUGUCUUUAAAAAGAAGUGUCUUGGGUGUGUCAAGUGCCAAGCGUACAUGGCAACUAAUCUAACCAAAACAAUGAAGAAUGAAGCUUUACACGGCUAA